AAAUAAUUAUUGACCGUGUCACUUUGACCGCAAUUAUCAAUAUUACUAUAGGAAUCAUUAUCAAAUCAUUUAUUUCUUCGGAUGAGUAAUUAUGGUAUUGAGCAAAUUUAUAUUAGAUAUUUUAAACCUUCAACAGUUUAAUUGAAAUGCAGCCUUUCGUUUAAAUUUUAAAAAAGUAACCAAAUAGAACAAUAUAAAUUUUCAGCUAAAAAUAGAGAGCCAGAAAAAUGAAAUUUUGGUUGAUAUUAGUUUGUUACAUGUGGAUUUUUGCGGAAUGCUAUACUGCGAAAAAUCGUACAGCACUUUUUGAACAAAUAAAGAAAGGUAUCGAAGAAAUAAAAUCUUUAAAUAAAGCUUCAGUCCUAUUUGAAACAGCUAUUAAAGAAUAUAACAUUCCAAACAUAUUUUCAUCAUCACCAGACAAUUUUGAUAAAGAAGAGGUAUGUUCGGCAUGUCUCUCCAUUUCUGAUUUGUUAAUCCAAAAAAGGCGAGAAGGUUUAAAGGACGCAGACUUUCACAAGCAACUUAUAUAUUUCUGCAAUCUAAUCAGCGGCCAAAAUGAACGAAUUUGUGAAGGUCUCAUAAAAUUAAAUGCACCAAUCUUGCUUUAUGUUAUUGACAAUACACCAGAAUUAACUGGACAGGACAUUUGUGGCAUAUCUCUUCAAGAGUAUGGUUGUAAUGGAUCUAAACGACUUGAAUGGACUAUUGAUAUACCACCAAAAACCAACAUUAAACAAAAUGAAACACCGGCAACUAAAAAUACAACUUCAUUCAACAUCCUUCAUAUCUCAGAUAUCCAUUAUGAUCCAAGAUAUACCACAAACAAAACUACCAAAUGUGGUGAACCAAUUUGCUGUCAAGAUGACCAAGCGGAUGGUACAACCGAAAACGAUACUUGUGGGUAUUGGGGUAGUUAUACCAAUUCAGAUAUACCGUGGAGGACUGCAGUUAAUGCCUUAGAACAAACUAAAUUACAUAAAUACGAUUAUGUGUACUUCACUGGAGAUAUUGUUUCUCACAGAGUAUGGAACACAAGCAUAGAAGAAAACACUAGAGUUAUAUCUCAAAUAUUAGACACGUUCGCAGAUAUUUAUAAUGUUCCGGUUUUUCUAGUAUUUGGAAAUCAUGAAGCUCAUCCUUCCAAUUUAUAUUCAGAAGUUCAAGAUCCCUUGUACUCAAGUCGAUGGAUGUAUGAUAUACUUUUCCAAAAGAUGUCAAAGUGGUUACCACUCGAUGAAGUUAAAGAUACGCUUUUAAAGGGUGGUUUUUACACGGUCUCUCCAAGGAAAGGAUUUAGAGUUGUUGUAUUGAACAACAAUAUUUGUAAUCUUAAUAAUUGGUGGCUCUACAAUAAUCCACAAGAUCCUUACGAUCAAUUAAAAUGGUUGGUAAAUGUAUUGCUUGAAGCAGAAAAAAGCAGUGAAAAAGUACACAUUCUAUUUCAUAUGGUACCAGGACAAAAUGAUUAUUACAAAGUAUGGGCUAGAGAAUACAAAAGAAUAAUAGAAAGAUUUUCUGACACGAUAACUGCCCAGUUUAACGGACAUUCGCAUAAAGAUGAGUUCUACGUUUAUUAUAAUACCACAAAUCAGUCUCAAGCUCUUAGUGUCCUGUGGAACGGAGCUUCCAUUGUAACUAAACAAAAAGCAAACCCGAGUUAUAAAAUACUUUCAGUCAACGAUGCUACUUUUGAACUAUUAGAUUUCGAAGAAUGGACUUAUAAUCUGACUUUGGCUAACUUGGACGAAAAUGAACCACUAUGGUAUAAAUUAUAUUCGUUUAAAGAAACAUAUGGCGUAAAAAGUCUAGCAACUGAUGAGAUAAAUAAUCUUAUUUUAAGGAUGGCAGAAAAUCCUGAUCUUAUUAAACAGUAUUAUAAAUACAAAUUCCGAGGAAGCGAUAUAUCCAUUGAAGAUGAAUGUGGUAAAACUUGCCAAAAAAAUUUGUUAUGUUCAAUGGUAACUACUCAAUAUGCAGAUGAUGGCGUAUGCAAUAAACUGUUAACUGUGUUCCAUAAUUCAAGAAAACAUAAUGAAACCUCGGAAGAUUAAACUUGUACUAAGUUAGAAAAUUUAAAUUUGUUAGUAAUUAUAUUUAUUUAAACACGUUAAUAAAUUUUUUAUUC